GAUAAACCCUAAUUUUCUGUUUCUUCUUUCCCUUUUGCAUUCUUGUUUUUUUGCAAAAUCUCAUCAAAAAACAAGAAAUCCUUGCUGAUCCAAAGGUGCAUGUGUGUGGCUGUGGGGCGGUGGCUUCUUGUUGCCUCUGCCGCUCCAUGAAAGAUUGGAAAAGCUACAAGUACUGUGAUUAUUGCAGGAUUUUAAGUUGGGGAGUGAUUCUGACGACAAAGAAAAGUAGCUAGAAGAUAUUUCUGACAGCGGAAUUUAACAGCUUUGAGUGAUGGAGUCUGAGCAUGAAAGUGAAAGCAAUGAGCACUUGAUCAAGGAUGCUGAUAAUUCGAGGAAUAUGGAUGAAGCACUAUUCCCUGUAAUGUCAGCUAAGAAAUCUGACCAUGACAGCAGAAGUGAAGCAGAAAAAUAUAUUGAUUUUAAUGAGGAGACAUCUGGCUCAGCCGAGAUGUCAAAAACGUCUCAUUCUUCUUCUUAUUCGGGGUCUUCAUCAGAUUAUUUCCAAAUAGAUGCCAAGAUGCCUCAGAAAUCCAGCACAUUUCCUGUCGUCUCCCCUGAACCCCAGGAGGAUAGUCAAUCUAAGAAUCAUGGCCAGAAUUCCCCAUCUCAGCCCAGCUCACAAGUUUCUCAAGCCACCAAUAAAUCUACAUUGCAAACACCAUCGCCAAUUGAAUCACCUCCCAUUCAAGUAAUGGAGAAGGCUGGAGGUUAUGAUCCUAAUAGGAUACCAGAUUCUGUUUUUGGGAGAUCCUCUUCGGCAAUGGACUGGAGUGUUGCUUCUAACGAAUCACUCUUCAGUUUACACCUCGGGAACAAUAGUUUCUCCAGGGAGCAAUUUCUCUUGAUGAGUGGAGAAUUAUACAGUUCUGGGGAAUUGAAUAAGCCUAGUGAGGCUGCUAAGCCUGGACGGCCACCAUUAAUUCCAAUAGGAAAGUUGCAAGAAGAAGAGGCUGUGGAUUCAGACAAUAAACCAAAGGAAACAAAAGCAGCAGAAGAGAAGAUGGAUGAUUCUUUAGAGCUAGAUGUGUCUGAUCAACCUGAAGAGAAGGAGAGUGAAGCAGAAGUGAAUGGCCAUUCCUCUAUGAUUAAUCGUCCCUCUGACGCAAGUGGAACCAGUACUCAAUCCUUUGCCUUUCCAAUUUUGGUAGAUCCUACUAAAACUCCUACUAUGAGAAGUGAUUCCAUGAAGGGACCAUCUCCAAGGGAGCAGGAUAUGCAGCGAGCUGUAUACGAGGAUAUUGUCAAAUUAGAGGCACAAACGAAGAGCUCUUCGAGUUUUGGGUGCUGCUGCUGCUGCGGUUGCAAUUGUUGUUCCUCACCUCACUGCUCAUGUCCUUCACAUCAACAUUGUUGGAGCUGGAAGUGGUGUAACAAGUGGUUUUGUUGCCCUUGUUGCUAAGAAAAUGAGUGCUUCACAUCCAUAUUUCGAUGCAUGGCUGUCCCACAGCUGCCUGCCUUAGGGCAUGUGUACCUAAAAUUUCUGAAUUUCUUGAAAUAAGAUGAGAUCUUUGCAGCAUUCUGAUC